AUGUCCGCCAGGAUUAUGCAAGUGGCGAAAUGCCCGACUGAUGAACUGUCACUGACCAACUGUGCCGUCAUCAAUGAAAAGGAGCAGUUGGAACAACAUGUGGUUGUUCGCAACGGUGCGCAGAAGUUUGUGUUCACAUUGAAGACUCAUCCGAGCAUGAGUCCUCAGUCCAUCGGCUUCAGUCUGCCGCAGAGGAAAUGGGCGGUGCUAUCCAUCGGACAAGAGGUCGAAGUGACAAGCUACAAGUUUGACAAGUCCAAACAGUGUAUCAGCACAAUGACCGUGGAGAUAGACUUCCUGCAGAAGAAGAGCAUGGACAGAAACCCGUACGACACCGACAAAAUGAACAGUGAAUUUGUGCAACACUUCAACAACCAGGCCUUCAGUGUGGGCCAGCAGCUGGUGUUAAGUUUUAGUGACAAGCUGUUUAGCAUCGUUGUAAAAGAUAUGGAGGCAAUGGACCCGAGCAUCCUCAAAGGAAAUAAAGCUCCAGGCAACAAGCAAAAGAUCGAGCUUGGUUUGUUGCUUCCAGACAGCCAGGUGAUCUUUGAGAAGUCAGAAACCUCUUCGGUCACAUUAUCUGGCAGAUCAAAGACACGCGAGUCUCGUCAGUCUAUCAUCAGCCCAGACUGGAACUUUGAGGAGAUGGGCAUUGGAGGCCUGGACAAGGAGUUUUCGGCUAUUUUUCGUCGAGCGUUUGCUUCUCGUGUCUUUCCUCCUGAGAUUGUAGAACAAAUGGGUGGCAAGCACGUGAAGGGCAUCCUGCUGUACGGCCCCCCCGGCUGUGGCAAAACCCUGAUGGCGCGGCAGAUCGGCAAAAUGCUUAAAGCCCGAGAGCCCAAGAUUGUCAACGGCCCCGAAAUCCUCAACAAGUACGUGGGGGAGUCUGAAGCCAACGUCCGGAAACUGUUCGCAGACGCAGAGGAUGAGCAGAAAAGACUCGGCGCCAACAGCGGCCUCCACAUAAUAAUAUUUGAUGAGAUAGAUGCCAUCUGUAAGCAGCGUGGAAGCAUGGCCGGCAGCACAGGGGUCCAUGACACUGUUGUCAACCAGCUGUUGUCAAAGAUCGAUGGAGUGGAACAGCUCAACAACAUCCUUGUCAUAGGUAUGACCAACAGGCCGGACCUGAUAGAUGAGGCCCUGCUCCGACCUGGGAGGCUUGAGGUGAAGAUGGAAAUAGGAUUGCCUGAUGAGAACGGCCGUGUCCAGAUCCUACACAUUCACACUGCAAAGAUGCGACAGCAUAACCUGUUGGGAGGUGAUGUCAACAUACAAGAGCUGGCAGUAGAAACGAAAAACUUCAGCGGUGCUGAGUUAGAGGGUCUCGUGAGGGCGGCUCAAUCCACUGCUAUGAACCGGCACAUCAAGGCGAGCAGCACUGUGGAGGUAAACACGGACACAGCAGAGAAACUACUGGUCUGCAGGACGGACUUCUUGGGCUCACUUGAAAAUGACAUCAAACCUGCAUUUGGUACCAACCAAGAAGACUAUGCGAGCUACAUCAUGAAUGGGAUAAUUGUGUGGGGAGAUCUCGUGUCUGCGGUCUUAGACGAUGGGAAGCUGCUGGUGCAGCAGACAAAGAACAGCAAUGCUACUCCUCUGGUCUCUGUGUUACUAGAAGGCCCCCCUAACAGCGGUAAGACUGCCCUGGCAGCUAAAAUCUCUGAAGAGUCAGAGUUUCCCUUUAUAAAGAUCUGUUCCCCGGAUAAGAUGAUCGGACACUCUGAGAUCGCUAAAUGCCAAGCCAUUAAAAAGAUCUUUGAAGAUGCCUACAAAUCCCAACUGAGCUGCAUCGUUGUGGAUGAUAUUGAACGCUUACUGGACUUUGUUCCCAUUGGUCCCCGUUUUUCAAACCUGGUGCUUCAGGCGUUACUGGUCCUUCUUAAGAAACCCCCACCAAAGGGUCGUAAACUACUUAUAAUCGGCACCACGAGUCGUAAAGAUGUCCUUCAGGAAAUGGAGAUGCUGGACGCUUUCAGCACGACCAUCCACGUCCCGAACAUCGCCAACGGAGAGCAGCUCAUCACGGCUCUGGAGAAGCUUGGCAGUUUCAGUGAUCGAGAGCGAGCCAGUAUAGCCAAAGGAGUUAAGGGUGAAAAUUUGUCAAUCGGAAUAAAGAAGCUGCUCAUGCUCAUCGAGAUGGCUGUGCAGAUGGAGCCUGAACACAGAGUCGCUAAGUUUUUAAGUUUAUUAAAGGAAGUAGGAAGAAUGAACCCAAAUAGGUUCUAG